GAAAAAAAAGUGUUGACACAUUGCACAUAGAAUACAUGGAAUAGAACCGGCAUUUUGUUUAUCUUAUUCAGACAUGUCAGAGAAAUGUGCACUGAAAACAUUGCAGUAAUCCUUGUUCUUGCCUCUUGUAUUAUGUAGGUUGUCACACAAACCACACCUGUAUGACUGAAGCAGACACCACGACUUUGGAAAGGGAUCGUCUUUUUACAUUUCGGGAUGAGGAGACCGAUGAUGAGUUACAAGUCAAGAUUCCGGAGGUUAUUGAUCCAGCCUAUGGAAUGUAUGUCUGGCCAUGUGCACCUGUGUUAGCACAGUAUGUAUGGACAAGGAGGAAGUGGAUCCAUGGCAAACAUGUAGUUGAGCUGGGAGCGGGUACCAGUCUCCCUGGUGUCCUUGCAGCAGUAUGCGGGGCUCGGGUCACUCUGACCGACCACUCCCGGCUUCCCCGUUGCCUAGGCAACUGCCUCAAGUCCUGCCAGGCCAACGGCGUGGCGGACAAGGUGGACGUGGUGGGGCUCACAUGGGGCGAGUUUCCCCCUGAAGUCUUCCAACUGCCAGGGUUUGAUAUCAUCCUUGCUUCGGACUGCUUCUAUGAUACCAAAGAGUUUGAGAACAUUCUAGCAACUCUGCAUUUCCUGUUGGACAGAAGCAAGAAUGCAACGUGUUGGAUUACGUAUCAAGAGAGAAGUUCUGAUCGGAGUAUCGAGCAUCUUUUACUGAAGUGGGGUCUCCGGUGCCUACACGUCCCCUUGGAAACAUUCGGGGCCGAGGGACCCAGUCUCGCUGGUUCCAAUCUCCCUGGCAACCACACCAUCCAGUUUUUGGAGAUCACCAAGGCAACUAAGUAAAUACCAGGACACCCCUUUCCAUAAGUGGACCCGCCCCUGUUUUCAUCAUGGUGUAGGGAGAUUAUGCACGGCUGCGCCCUUAGGGGGUCUUUAUGAGACAAUUGGCGGGGAAGUCACUGACUUGUGAGAUCAUCGCUCUACUUGAACCGAGCAUCCAUUCCCAGGGUAUUCCAACUGCUUUUACAGCCAUAAAAGACAUUGUAAAGUUCAAGUAUUACAGCAUCUGCUAGGCCUGUUGUCAUUAACGCAGUGCAAUUUUCUCUGGGAAGAAACCUGACAGGAAUACAUCACCAGGAAUGCUUGAACCAUAUCCCAGCAUAAAAAUAACCAGCAGUACUUCACCCUAAAAAGGUCUCAUAUCGUGGUGCAUAUUUCUAUUUUUUUUCGCUGUAAUUACAUGUACUUGACCAGACUGAUAGACAAGAAGGCUCAAUUACAUAUACUCCUUGCUCACAUAAUGCCUUCAAUCUUGUUUUUGUCCAGCACACGAACUCUCUUUUUUUUUUAGUACUAUCAGUAGAAAUGUGCAUGGAUAUCCAUUGGAUCUGCAUUCGCAAUGCAGAUAGGCCUAUUAUAUUUCACAUGGUCUUUCAUCAAUGCCUUCUUCAGAUUUUGUUUCCCGCUGGGAUAUUCAUUUGAUUUUUCCUGUGAGCAUAUGGCCUUUUGUAAGAUUGUUUUCCUCAUCAUACGUAGUGUCACGGUAGGAUUGAAUGUGCUGACCGAGUCUGGCACCCAUACUCGUGUCGUGUGAAAAACAAGCUUGAUUGACAGGAGAAACAAUAAUAUCUGAGUUUGUUUCCAUGGUCGUAGACUUACAGGUACAUGUACAUGUUCCAGUACUCCAUUAGGUUCUUUGAGUACCAAAACCAUUUAGUUCUGAUAAAAAUUAUGGUGGUAUUUACAGGCGUCAACUAGGUUCAUUGUAGAUUUACUAGGUUGUAGUGCAUUAAUGUUCUACAUGUAGUUUAUAUUUAACAUCUACCUGGUAAAAGGAAGCAGAUAGCAGCUUGCGAUAUAAUUUCACUAAUUUUGCCAGGUUGUUGGUAUUGUUUAGUUUCCUAUCCUUGGAAAUGAAAUCCGUAAAAGCACAUGCAAACGAACCGAAGAAUUUGAAGACACAUUAAUUUGUGGUAUUUGUACAAGUACAAACACCACAUCGUUAGUCAUAAAGAAAGUGACCAGGAUUAAUUAUUCCUCCCCCCUAAAAACAAUUGAAUUGGAUACACCAAUGAAGCCUGUAUGAAACGAACGUGUUCUUCCACUCAUCUGAUCAAAAAGGACUGACUGAAAUUGAUCCUUGCCGUAAGAAGUUGUGCAUGUUUUACUUACCCAUUUUUACAGCUGUCCGUGGAAUGCUCAAUGUUUUGAAGCUAUUUAAAUUCAAAUGAGAUUUGAUUUGAGUCCAGACUGAAACAUUAUUUUUACUUUCAGAUUUUUGUUUUGUAGAUGAGGAAUAAAUCAAGCCUUGUUUUUCAGAAAUGAGAAUGGUCAUUUUAUUUUUUCUGUUUUCCCUUGCAAGUUUCGUUCAUUGUGUAUUCAACAAUGCAUAACGGUAAAGGAACAGUGGUGAACAGCUGAAUUUUGUGAAUUGGUAUUUCUAUUAAAAUAUUUAUAACUUGUGAAUAGAGUACAUGGAGAUUACAUGAAAUUUUCACAGUUAUUGUCUGUAACAUGUAAUAUUCCCAUGUUAUUUUUAUGAAAUGGAGCGAACAACAUUUCUUUUUAUUAUUAUUUUCUUGAUCGGUCACUUUGUUUGUGACUCGCCCUGUACGGCAUUCAUGUUUUUUUUUGUAUACAGGGUGAGUAAAAAAA